CUUGUGAGGUAUUCCAUUUUCGUGUGAUCUGAGUUCCAACGUAUAAACAAAGUCGUAGUCGGUUUGGUGCAGGUUGUUUUCAUUCAUAUCACUGUGCGUAAAGAUACAAAUAUAUGAAUGAACGUGGAUUUCGUUCAGAAGUUGAAUAUUAUUUUUAAUGCGUAGUGAUUUCUCUGUGUGUGCAGUAAAUAAUUGUGUAGCCAGCUAGUAGCAAACGAAGAUCUCAUCACCCUAGCAACCGUAGCGGUAAGCAGUAGUUGAGGAACUGCAGUACAUUCGAGCAACAGGUUGCUUUCAGUGUCAAGUGUUUUGUGUUCUUUUGCAAAAAUGUCUGGCCUAAUCAAGGAAGAAAAGUUCGAACGGAUUGGACGAGUCCUGCCGGCGGAAAAUUAUACCACAAUCGAUCCUGCACAGCCGGUGAAGUUGCGCAUUGCCAAGGAAGGUAUCGCAUCGAUGGAUCCACUGUCGGUGCCAGAUCUGAUGAAUCGUACCGUGCGGGACUAUCCCGAUCAUACGGCGAUGAUGUAUAAGAAUGAACAGAAGGUGUGGCAGCGUAUUACCUACAGGGAAUACCGAGAGCGAGUACACAAGAUGGCCAAAGUGUUUAUCAAACUUGGACUGGACUCGUACCACACCGUCAGCGUGUUGGCAUUCAACAGUCCCGAGUGGUUCAUCUCUGAGCUAGCUGCCAUUCAUGCUGGUGGUAUUAUCACCGGUGUGUACACGACAAAUUCAGCCGAAUCGACCCGGCACGUGCUGGAAAGUUCCCGGACACAAAUCGUGAUUGUAGACGAUGCUAAGCAGAUGGAGAAAAUCCAUUCAAUCAAAGACAGUCUGCCACAUCUGAAGGUCGUCAUCCAAACGCUGGGCCCGUAUGCGCCGUACGUGAAGAAGGAGGACGGAUACUACCGGUGGUCCGAAGUGGAAGAGAUGAACACCGACGAUGUGGAAGAGGAAUUCAAGACUCGUCUGGAAAAUCUGGCAAUCAACCGCUGCUGUUGUCUGGUGUACACCUCUGGAACUGUUGGAAAUCCAAAGGGAGUGAUGCUUUCCCACGAUAGCUUGACCUGGGAUUCAUACACUAUUGGAAAACGUCUAGACCAGAUCCAGUGCGGACAGGAAGUGUUGGUGUCUUUCCUCCCAUUGAGCCACAUUGCCGCCCAGAUCGUGGAUAUUUUCCUGGUGUUACAGUUUGCCUGCACGGUGUACUUUGCUGACCGGGACGCCAUGAAGGGUACUUUAAUCAGCACACUACAGGAGGCAAAACCCACGAGAAUGCUGGGUGUGCCACGGGUGUAUGAGAAGAUCUACGAAAAAAUGAUGGCCGUUGGUUCGCAGAGUGGUGCUGUCAAGAAGAUGAUUUCCGGAUGGGCCAAGAGUGUCACGUUGCAGCACUAUUUGGAUAUGAUUGAGGGUAAACCAACAAACUCGCUGCAAUAUCGAUUCGUACGCAACUAUCUACUGUCGAAGGUGAAGGAUGCUUUAGGCUUCGGCCGCAUCAUGACUCUCGUUACCGGUGCCGCUCCGAUGGAUCCCGAGAUUAAGAAGUAUUUUAUGAGCCUGGAUCUGCCGGUCAUGGAUGCGUUCGGGAUGUCGGAAACAUCCGGUGCCCAUACGUUAACUGCUCCGGAUAGUUACAAUUUUUCGACUAUCGGCAAAACGCUCGGUGGUUGCGAGACCCGGAUCGAUAAACCGGAUGAGAAUGGACAUGGCGAGUUGUGUUUCCGGGGGCGAAACGUUCUAAUGGGAUACGUGGGCGAGGAAGAAAAGACCAGGGCCGCUAUGGACGAGGAUGGAUGGUUGCACUCGGGCGAUAUCGGUUACAUCGACGAUCAAGGUUUCGUUUACAUAACCGGAAGAAUUAAGGAACUUAUCAUCACAGCUGGUGGCGAGAACGUUCCUCCGGUGCACGUGGAAAACUUGGUAAAAAAUGAGCUGUUGCAGGUUAGCAAUGCCUUGCUGGUUGGUGACAAGCGCAAAUUCCUAACGAUGCUGAUUACGCUAAAAACGGUUGUAGACCUAGACUCAGGGGAGCCAAAGGACGACCUCACACCGGAAACGAUCGCUUGGUGUAAAGGACUGGGUGUGGAGUAUUCUAAACUGAGUCAAAUAAUUGCCGCUGGGCCAUGUCCGAAGGUGAUGCAAGCAAUCCAGGAAGGAAUUGACCGAGCCAACAAAAAGGCUAUUUCCAAUGCUCAAAAAAUCCAGAAGUUUGCCCUGCUUUCGGUUGAUUUUUCGGUACCUGGUGGAGAGUUUGGUCCAACCCUGAAGGUGAAACGCAACGUUGUGCUGGAAAAGUACAAGAACAUCAUCGAAAAGUUCUAUGCCUAAAUGAAGGCAGCCCAUUCCGCACUUGUUGAAUGUCUGUAUUCGAACGCAUAGAUGCUAUUAUUGUUAGUGACAAUUACUAUUUUGUUAUUUUUUUUUGUUUUUCGUUAGAGGUCGUUAUAUUUUUGUUUGUUUAUUUACUAGUUGAAACUUUAGCUCAACUAUUGGCAAAUGCAAACGACACGCAAUCAACCGAUAGCGAUAUGAGACUUAAAGACACUCGUUUUGCGUACCAAAAUCAUUAGAUUAAGCUGGAAGGCGAUAUUAUUUAGGCUCAACGAGUUCGUGCCAAAGCGGUUGCCUGUUGAUGUUAGAUUGAUUGUUAGCUAAUCUGUUAUCGAGCUUAGAGAGGACGUCCUGUACAUAAGAUUCCAGCUUAGAAUGUAAUAAUUAUACCCAUUAGGGCUUUACUCCUGUUGAAUGAGACCGAUCAAGCAUCGUAAGUGAUAAGACAAAAGAAAGGACAUGCCGCAUAUGGAAAUGUCGGAGAAAGAGUAGAGUAGCUGUUAAUUGAAUAAAAUCAAUUUUCUUACAA